AUGGAAGUUAAUAAACAAGUCAAAUUACGAUCAACCAUUAAAUAUCCACUUGUAAUAAAUCCUGAAAAAGAUGCAGAAAGAAUCAAUAAAUCUAUCAAACUUAUGAAUCCUGAUGAAGAUGUUAUUAAUGAAAUACUUGGUCAUAGAAGUCUUCAACAACGUUUAGCUAUACAAGAAAUAUAUAAACGUUUAUAUGAUAAGGAAAUCACUGAACAUAUUGGUUCUGUAUUAAUUGGCAGUUAUGAUAGUUUAAUUAAAACUUUAUUUAGAAAUCCAAUGGAAAUAUUAGCUAAUGAUUUAUAUAAAGGAAUCAAAAAUCUUGGAUCAAAUUAUCAAAUUAUGACUGAUAUUAUUUGUUGUUGUAAUAAUACUGAAAUUUAUUUAUUAAAAAAAGCUUAUGAGAAAGUUUUAAUGAAGGAAGAUCCAAAAGGUUAUAGACAGAGAUCAUUACACAUUGAUAUUAUGAAAGAAUCUAAAGGCUCAUAUAAAUUACUUAUGGAACAAUUAUUAAAAGGUGAAAGAUGUGAAGAUAAUACAAAUAAAAUUGCUGAGUCGACAUCUACAGUUCAAGGAGGUGUUGAUCAAAAAUUAGUUGAUGAUGAUGUAACAGAAUUGUAUGAAGCGGGAGAAGGACAAAUUGGCAAAGGUGAUCCUUCUAUUUAUAUAUCGAUUCUAUCAAAACGUAGUAAAUAUCAUAUCAGAGAAAUAUGUAAAGCAUAUCAAAAAAAAUAUGGUUGUCUUCUAGUUGAAUCAAUAUCAAGAAAAUUCUCAAACCCUCUUCGUAAUGCAUUAAAUACUAUCAUAAUGGCACUAGUCGAUCUACGUCUAUUAUUGACCUGUCAACUUUACUGUAGUAUGGAAGGUUUAGGAUCAAAUGAUGAUACAAUUAUUAGAAUAAUUUGUCUUCGAUGUGAGAUUGAUUUACAAGAUAUUAAAAACAUAUAUGAGAAAUAUUUUUAUAAACCAUUAGCUAAAGCAUUACAAUCAGAAACACAUGGUGGUUUUAGAAAAUUAUUAUUAAUUCUAUUAGGUUGUGAAUCACCAUAGCAACUAAAAUGAAUAGUAACUAGUUUAUUAGUUGUUGUUUUUUUUUUCUAUUUUUUUUUAAAAAGUGAAUUGUACACAAUCAACUGAUUAGUUAAAUAUAAUGAUGUAAUAGUAUAA